GCACUUCCUGUAGAAAGCAGCCUUGUGCAAAGCGAAAUCAUGAGGUGGCGUGCAACCUCCUGUGAAAUCUGUGCCAACAUGAUAUGACAAUGAAGAGGGAAAGACGGCAGGUAUAUAUAUAUUGGAUCGAAAAACUUGCUGACUUCAUUCCGUAACUCGCCGCAUUAUAUAACGAAGAUGACAUAUACGUUAAUAGCAGUCGUGGCGGCGGUCGUGGCUGAGGCGAGGAGUCAGCUGGUGUCGGGAUACCUACCUCCCCGACCCUGCCCGCAAUUCUGUAUCCAAGUGUACGACCCUGUGUGUGGAAGUGACGGUAAUACAUACUCUAACGACUGCACACUCGCCGUUGCUGCUUGUGACAAUCCAACACUCACUAAGAUAAGCGACGGGGAAUGCUCACAACAGCAACCGCAGUGCCCCCAAGUCUGCCCGCUGAACUUCCUCCCCGUCUGUGGCAGCGACGGCGUCACUUACCCGAACCAGUGCUCCCUCGACAUCGCCAGCUGCAACGACCCAUCCAUUACCAAGCAGUUCGACGGCCCCUGUGACUCGACUCAGGGACCCGAGUGUUCCGAAGCCUGUCCCUUCAACUACCUCCCCGUGUGUGGCAGCGACGGCACAACGUACCCUAAUGAGUGCGCCCUGGACGUCGCCAUAUGCAAGAACCCCUCUAUUUACAAGGCUUUUGACGGCACUUGCGAGUAGCGGAGGUGGGAGUUGUGAGGAUAACAGCUGUGGCUAAAGAUGUCCAUAACCGCUUCGCUUCUGCAAUGAUAAAAUUGGCGUUUGUUCUCGACAAAUAACAGA